UGGUACUUGUCACGCGCGUUCGUGUUCGCAGGCGAGGCUUCGUCAUAUACCUGCGUCAGCAAUUAUCUGGAAUAUACAGAGAGCACACUGCUUAAACCCUCCGUCUGAGUGAGCUCAUGCUCCAUCGACCGACCAUAUGCGCGCUCUCGGAUUAGCAUAAUGGGUAUGGAGCAACUCCAACAACAGAGCAUCCCAACACUGUUGGCUUAUGGGAUCAUCGCCGUUUAUGCACUGUACUUUGUGCUCGACCAAGUCUUCAACAUCGCAGUCUUAUCGCCACCUGAACUACUCUGGCACGGACUUGUCUCAGUGAUUCCGGCCACUCUUGUUCUGGAGUCGAACCAGCGGAUCGAAUUGAGCAAGGACAGCACGCGCUCUCAGCUGUAUGCAGCAAAAAGCGAGGCAAUACGCGAGAUGCUUGGAUUGAGAGGCAAUGGGAAAUUACUCAAGAGUCUUCCUGCUGCGCGGGAGGUUAUUGGCACAGGUGUGAACACAAUCGCUCGGCGCAAAAGCAUUUCUGCUCCAAGGGCGGUCACAUCCGAGCUGCCUUCAGGAUUGGGCAAUUGGGACAAUUCUUGCUACCAGAAUAGUAUUCUGCAAGCUCUGGCUUCGCUGCCCACGCUGCAGAGAUGGCUGGAAGGCGCCGUGCUGAAUAUUGGUACAAAUGCAGGAUCUUCGACCACGGGCAACUUGCAACGCUUAGUGGCACAGCUACGAGAUGCAGGAAACAAUGGAAAACAUAUCUGGACACCGAGCAAGCUCAAGAACAUGAGCAGUUGGCAGCAACAGGAUGCGCAGGAGUAUUUCAGUAAGAUCUUGGACGAGAUGGACAAAGAAGCGAAAAAGGUCAACGCAGCGAUGGGUGUCAAGGUUGGGCUAGAGUCUCUGAAUGCACCGGAAAUCGAUUACCACAUGCGGGACCAUGAUGAGGAGCAUUCGCGAGCCUCGAAAAAUCGUAGACUCGCGCACAACCCACUCGAGGGCUGGCUCGCGCAGAGGGUCAUGUGCAUCCGUUGUGGUGCAUCCGACGGCUACUCCAUGAUCCCAUUCAACUGUUUGACAGUGUCGCUUGGUACGGGUCUCUCUUACACCCUCGAAAACUGCUUGGACGAAUAUACCAGGCGAGAGGACAUUGAAGGAGUGGAAUGUCGACGAUGCACUUUGCUUCAUGCGGAAGAGAAGCUGCGGAAAAUUGUUCCUUUCAAAACGAUCAUGACCGAGCCCGCUCAGAAUGCCAACCAAUCCGCGAAACUCGCGCCUGCGCUGCCACAAGAUCUCCAAGCGCAAGUUGCAAAGCGUCUCCAAGCCAUUCAAGAAGCAUUGGGCAGGGACGAUUAUUCCGACAAAACUAUCAAGGGAGCUUGUCAGAUUGCUCAAAAAGCCUUUGUCAGCAGUACAAAGUCGAAGGAAGCCAUAAUUGGUAGGCCGCCACAAUCGCUUGUCGUUCACGUCAAUCGCAGCGUAUUCAGCGAAACGACAGGCAUGUUGAGCAAGAAUUACGCCCACGUGAAAUAUCCCCUCCAGCUCGAUCUUCGCCCAUGGACGCUCUACAGAGACGGCCCGGCUGUGGAGUACCGACUCAGUGCUGUGGUUGUGCACAAAGGUGCGCACGAGAAUGGGCAUUACAUCUGCUACCGUCAACACCCCUCAGCUUGUGCCAGGGACGAGAUUCGUAACCCAGAGGCAGACGAGCCUUCAGAUGAGAAAUGGUUCCGAUUGAGUGACGCGGACGUCUACAAUGCCUCGCAGUCUGAAGCCCUGAAUCCAAGUGCUGGUGGGGUUUUCAUGCUGUUCUACGAGCGCAUCAAGAUGAAUCUUGAGCCUGACCACACAAUUCUGGAAGAAGAAUUUACGGAGGCAGCCGUCUCGCAGAAAGAAGUCGAGAAGGAAUAUGUCGAGUCUGAGCCGCCAACCGUGCCACCUUCAGUGAUCUCCGAGACCGACACUGAGAUCACGGACUACGACUAUCUGGACGCUAUGAGCGAACGGGAUGACAGUCUACAUCUCGCGCCUGCGAUCGGCCUUCAUCAGUUGCCGCGAACGGUAGCAACACCCAAGGACGCAGUGCGAAAAGAUAAAGUCCGAAACAACACUUACACUGCGAUGAGUGUCUGA